AUUAAAUCAUCGAACCGAUCCGAUUAUUGUCAUCCAAACCUAAUUUUCGAUUUGGAUGAAUUUGAAUUGAUCGAUUCGGUCCGAUUAAUCUAUAAAGUGAACAGCGCUAAUUUCUAACAUAAUUCCUAUGUUGGAUUGUGCGCUGAUGUGGCAUUUUAGGACCAAUUGCAAGAGACUGGACGCUAUCGGUUGGGCAUCUGCUAUCCAUUUCCUCUCAGCCGUCUACUAAUUGCAAAGAUUAUCCAGUCCGUUAAGAAAAGAUUGAAGCCCCUCCAACGCCGAUGGCGGCGGAAGCUCCCUCAAUGUUCUCUCUAGCCUCACAGAUAUGCAAUCACAUAGCCUCCAUUUUCUCCAAACCCACUGAUCCCCAUCCACCUCCUCUAGAACUGAUGGUCACUAAUCUCUCCGCCACCGCCGCCCGGAACGGCCGUGUUUUCCUCUAUGGAGUGGGAAGGGAGGGUCUGAUGCUUAAGGCCCUAUGCAUGCGGCUCGCCCACCUUGGUCUCUCCACCCACUUUGUAUUCGACAUGACCACUCCUCCAAUCGCCUCCAACGAUCUCUUCAUCGCCUCUGCGGGACCUGGGGGAUUCUCCACCGUCGAUGCCUUGUGUUCGCUGGCAAGAUCGAAUGGUGCCAAAGUGUUACUGCUGACAGCUCAACCUGAAAGCGGGUCUUGUGUGAAGCAUGCGAGCGUGGUUUGCUACGUGCCAGCACAGACCAUGGCAAAUGAUGAAGAGGCGACAUCUCGGCCGCUGUUGCCGAUGGGAAGCGUUUAUGAGGGAGCUUUGUUUGUAUUGUUUGAGAUGGUGAUUUACAAAUUGGGUGAAGUUUUGGGACAGAGCUCAGAGACCAUCCGAUCUCGACACACCAAUCUUGAAUGAAAAUGAUAAAAAUCUGGAAGCCAUUUGUGCUCUUGUCAAGUUCCUUGUAAUGGAAAAUUUAGGAGAGAAAUUUUUAGCCAGUUUGUGUUGAUGUAUUUCCUGUGGUGCUAUUUAUGUAAUCUUUCUUCUUAGUCUUUUGCUAUGAAAUUCCGGUCUCCCUC